AUUGAUGACCUGACCAUUAAGCUAAUGGCUUAAUUGAUCAUGAUGGAUGACCACCACUGGGAGAGUUCCUUUCGGCAGGAACUCGUCAACGCGCAGUCGUCUGCGGUCGGUGGCUGGCUUAACUUGGUCCCGAAAUACCAAGACAUAAUUUCUCAUAGAAAAGUUGUAUCCUUCUCCGCUGCGAGUUUCCAAAUCCCAAAGCGCAGCAGGGUCGCAUGGAGCACUGAUAGCCGAAACAGAAAAGUUCCAUCCCACGAUAAGCCGAAUCUAGGUACGGAUGGGGGAUGGGGCACUCGAUUAGCGGAACAGCGAAGUGAUAAGGUAAUCUAAUUGAUCUAGCCUCCGCCCCACAUAGCGAAACCCGGCCGAAACCCCGCAGCAGAUAGCGGAUGGAAUUCGGCAUGGACACGCUGAGAGCUCUGGAGCCGCUGCACCGCGUCUGCCAAGUGUGCAACCUGUGGCCCUGGCGCCUCGCACCCCCGCCCGACUCGGAGGGCAUCCUGCUCCGGAGAUCGCGCUGGCUGGAGCUGUACGGCUGGACCGUGCUGAUGGCGGCCACCGGCUUUACCGCCUACGGCCUCUUCCAGGAGAGCAGCGUGCAGGAGGAGCCGGACGCGGAGUCCACCAUCUCGAGCAUAGGUCACACGGUGGACUUCAUUCAGUUGGUGGGCAUGCGGGUGGCUCAUCUGGCCGCCGUGCUGGAGGCCCUGUGGCAGCGGCAAGCGCAACGAAGCUUCUUCGCCGAGCUGGGCGAGAUCGAUCGUCUGCUGUCCAAGGCCCUGAGGGUGGACGUGGAGGCUAUGCGGCUCCAAAUGCGUCGGCAGACGUCGCGCCGAGCUGUGUGGAUCCUGUGGGGCUAUGCGGUUAGCCAACUGCUCAUCCUGGGCGCCAAGCUGCUCGCCCGGGGCGACAGGUUCCCCAUCUACUGGAUCAGCUACUUGCUGCCACUGCUGGUGUGCGGUCUGCGCUACUUUCAGAUUUUCAACGCCACUCAGCUCGUGCGCCAGCGCCUGGAUGUGCUCCUGGUGGCCUUGCAGCAGCUCCAGCUGCAUCGGAAGGGGCCCGCCGUGGACACUGUGCUGGAGGCGCAGGACGACCUGGAAGAAGCGGCCAUGGAUCGACUGAUCGCUGUCAGACUCGUCUACCAGCGGGUGUGGGCCCUAGUGGCCUUGCUGAACCGCUGCUACGGACUCUCCGUGUUGAUGCAGGUGGGCAACGACUUUCUGGCCAUCACCUCCAACUGCUACUGGAUGUUCCUCAACUUUCGCCAGUCGGCGGCCUCACCCUUCGACAUCCUGCAGAUCGUGGCCAGCGGCGUAUGGUCUGCCCCCCACCUGGGCAAUGUGCUCGUCCUCUCGCUGCUUUGCGACCGAACGGCCCAGUGCGCCACUCGUCUGGCCCUCUGCCUGCACCAGGUGACCGUGGACCUGCGGAACGAGAGCCACAACGCUCUGGUAGGUACCAUCCGUGCGCCAGAGCAAUCAUUAAUAAUCCCCGUCCCUCUGCAGAUAACGCAGUUCUCGCUGCAGCUACUCCACCAACGACUCCACUUCAGCGCCGCUGGCUUCUUCAACGUGGACUGCACUCUUCUAUAUACGAUCGUGGGAGCCACUACCACGUACCUGAUAAUUCUGAUCCAGUUUCACAUGAGCGAAUCCACCAUCGGCGGUGGAUCCAACGGACAGUAGCAGCAGGAGUGGCGGCCACCUGUUGGCGCAACACUACAUAAUUAAAAUUUACCCUUAAUUGUUGUUCAUUCAUAAUUAAUAAACAAGAUUCGC